CUCAGAGCGCGGCCCCGCGGCGCGGCCCCGGCGGCGGAGCAUGGCGGGCGCGGGGGGCGCGGGGGGCGCGGGGGCGGCGGCCCCGGUGCCGGUGCCCCCCUGGUACCACCGGGACCUGAGCCGGGCGGCGGCCGAGGAGCAGCUGGCGCGGGCCGGGCGGGACGGCAGCUUCCUGGUGCGGGACAGCGAGAGCGUGGCGGGGGCCUACGCGCUCUGCCUGCUGUUCCAGAAGCACGUGCACACCUACCGCAUCCUGCCGGACGAGGAGGAUUUCCUGGCCGUGCAGACGUCACAGGGGGUGCAGGUGCGGCGCUUCAAGACGCUCAGCGAGCUGAUCGCCCUGUACCUGCAGCCCAACCAGGGGCUGGUCUGCACCCUGCUCUUCCCUGUCGAGAGGGAGAAGGAGAAGGAGACCGUGGAGGACAGGGACUACUCGGAUGGAGAGGAUGAGAAGCCACCGUUGCCACCACGCUCCGGCUCCACCAGUUUCUCUGGCACCUCAGCGGGGCUCAGCCCCACUGGCCUGGGACCAUCUGUGUCGGAGAGGCCAGUGGAGAGCACCAAUGGGCUCAGCAGCAUCUCUCAUGAGUACCUGAAGGGCAGCUACACCCUGGAUCUGGAGGCAGUGAAGGGAGGGGCCAACAGCCUCCCCCACCUCAACAAGACUCUCGUCACCUCCUGCAAACGGCUGCACAGUGAGGUGGACAAGGUGCUGGCAGGGCUGGAGAUCCUCUCCAAGGUGUUUGACCAGCAGAGCUCCCCCAUGGUCUCCAAGAUCCUGCAACAGACAGCAGGGCAGAGUGGAGAGCAGGAGCUGGAGAACCUGGUGCUGAAACUCUCUGUGCUGAAAGAUUUCCUGUCCUCCAUCGAGAAGAAGGCACUGAAGGCCCUGCAGGAGAUGAGCUCAGCCACCCCUGCCACCCCCCCUCAACCCCUCUCCCGCAAGGCCAAGAGCAUCCCAGUGCAGACCUUCGAGGUGAAGCUGGAUAUCACCCUGGGGGACCUGACCAAGAUUGGGAAGUCACAGAAGUACACGCUGAGCGUGGAUGUGGAGGGGGGUAAACUAGUGGUGCUGAAGAAGCAGAAGGACUCCCAGGAGGACUGGAACACCUUCACCCAUGACAAGAUCCGACAGCUGAUCAAGUCACAGCGGGUGCAGAACAAGCUGGGCAUCGUUUUUGAGAAGGAAAAGGAUAAAACGCAGCGGAAAGACUUUGUUUUUGUCAGUGCUCGGAAGCGUGAGGCCUUCUGUCAGCUUCUGCAGCUGAUGAAGAACAAGCAUUCUCACCAGGACGAGCCUGACAUGAUCUCUGUCUUCAUUGGCACCUGGAACAUGGGCAGCGUUCCCCCCCCCAAGAACAUCACCUCGUGGAUCACCUCCAAGGGGUUGGGCAAGACCCUGGAUGAGGUGACGAUGGCCAUACCGCAUGACAUCUACGUCUUCGGCACCCAGGAGAACUCUCUGGGAGACAAGGAGUGGGUGGACUUCCUGCGCACCGUCCUCAAGGACUUCACAGAGGUUGAGUACCGCCCGGUGGCCAUGCAGUCCCUGUGGAACAUCAAGGUGGUGGUGCUGGUGAAGCCAGAGCACGAGAACCGCAUCAGCCAUGUCAGCACCUCCAGCGUCAAGACAGGGAUCGCCAACACCCUGGGGAACAAGGGUGCUGUGGGUGUCUCCUUCAUGUUCAAUGGCACUUCCUUUGGCUUUGUCAACUGCCACCUCACCUCUGGCAACGAGAAGACGGCACGGAGGAACCAGAACUACCUGGACAUCCUGCGUCUGCUCUCGCUGGGGGACAAGCAGCUGAGCUCCUUUGACAUCUCUCUUCGCUUCACCCACCUCUUCUGGUUCGGGGACCUCAAUUACCGCCUAGACAUGGACAUCCAGGAGAUCCUCAACUACAUCAGCCGCAAGGAGCUGGAGCCGCUGCUGAAGGUGGAUCAGCUCAAUCUGGAGAAGGAGAAGCACAAGGUGUUCCUGCGCUUUGGUGAGGAGGAGAUCACCUUCCCCCCAACCUACCGCUACGAGCGGGGCUCCCGGGACACCUAUGUCUGGCACAAGCAGAAGCCCACAGGGGUGCGUACCAACGUGCCCUCCUGGUGUGACCGCAUCCUCUGGAAGUCCUACCCCGAGACUCACGUCAACUGCAACGCUUAUGGCUGCACAGAUGACAUUGUCACCAGUGACCACUCACCCGUCUUCGGCUCCUUCGAAGUGGGAGUGACAUCCCAGUUCGUUUCCAAAAAAGGGCUCUCCAAGUCCUCAGAGCAGGCGUACAUCGAGUUUGAGAGCAUAGAAGCCAUCGUGAAGACUUCCAGUCGCACCAAGUUUUUCAUCGAGUUCUAUUCUACGUGCCUGGAAGAGUUCAAGAAGAGCUUCGAGAACGACAGCCAGAGCAGUGACAACAUCAACUUCCUCAAGGUGCAGUGGUCAUCCCGGCAGCUGCCCACGCUGAAGCCCAUCCUCUCUGAGAUUGAGUACCUGCAGGACCAGCACCUCCUGCUCACCGUCAAAUCCCUUGAUGGUUACGAGUCCUACGGGGAGUGUGUCAUUGCCCUGAAGUCGAUGAUUGGCAGCACAGCACAGCAGUUCCUCACCUACCUGUCCCACCGCGGUGAGGAGACCGGCAAUAUCCGUGGCUCCAUGAAGGUCUGGGUGCCCACGGAGCGCCUGGGCACCCGCGAGAGGCUCUAUGAGUGGAUCAGCAUCGAUAAGGAUGAGACGACAGCCAGCAAAGGGAAGGUGCUGCUUGGUGCCAGGGCCACGCAGGACAAUGCCAAGUCCGCGGGGCGGAAGCCCAGCAGUGCUGAGCCCCCCAGCAGCAUCCUGGCGAAGCUCCCGGAGGAGCCCGAGAAGAGCGGCACCGCGGCAGCGCCGCGUCCGCCCGCCCCGCACCGCAGCACCCCCCGGGAUGAGGCCACCCCAGGCCGGUCCAAGGCGGAGGCAAUGCCGGAGCUCUCAGGGGGUCCCCUGAAGAACAGCUUCAACAACCCAGCGUACUACGUGCUGGAGGGGGUCCCCCACCAGCUGCUGGUGCCGGGGGACCCCGGCAAGCCCCCCAAGGCCAAGGUGCAGCUGGCAGUGCCGGAGCGCUGCCAGUGCCCCUCGGCAUGCUGUGGUGGCGAGAGCGAUGAGGAGGAGGACCUGGGCACUCUGAACCUGCCGCCGCCGGAUUUCCCCCCACCGCCCCUGCCGCGGGAGCUGGAGCUGCCCCCAAACCCCUUCUUGGGCACCCCCAAGGAGCUGCUGGUAUCCAGCGGGUGUGAGGACCCCAAAUCCCACCCUGCUGCCUUCGGAGAGGCUCCCCUGCCCAAGCUGCAGCCCCGGCCGCCCCCAGCCGCCAGGGCUGGGUUUGGGAUGGAGGGGGCUGGGGGGAUGCCUGCAGUUGGGGGACUGCCCACUCCCGGGGGCCUGCCGGCUGGGCUGAUGGAUGACCGCUCCUGCUCGGUGCUGCAGAUGGCCAAGACAUUGAGUGAGGUGGACUACGGGGGUGGGAAGGAGAGGGUGGUCCCCCCGCCGCCGCUGCUGGCCAAGGGGGCGUUGCCUCCCCGCUGCCUGCACCCUGACUACGGCCGCCCCCUCGCCUUCCCUCCCCACUCCAUCCAGGAGAGCAUCCAGGAGGACCUGGCUGAGGAGGUGGGUGAAGCAGGGUGGGUGGGGGUGCUCAGCGCCUCAGCCGGGGCUCCCUUGGGGGUGCCCGGUGGUGCUGAGGCUGUUGGGGUGCAGGCGCUGGGCCGCGGCGGGGGCACCGUGCCCGCUGUGGGCGAGUGGCUGCGGGCGCUGGGGCUGGAGCGGUACGAGGAGGGGCUGGUGCGCAACGGCUGGGACGACCUGGAGUUCCUCAGUGACAUCACGGAGGAGGACCUGGAGGAGGCUGGAGUGCUGGAGCCUGGCCACAAGCGCAUCCUUCUGGAGAGCCUCCAGCUCCGCAAGUAGCUGCCACGGCACAGCCAGCAUCCCGUGCUUCCCAUGGCCCAGCAUCCCAGAUCCUGCAGCCCUGCGUCUCAGACCUUGCAGUAGUGUGUCCUGUGGCCCUGCAUCCCACAGAUGUGCAUCCUGGAUCCCGUGGCUGUGCAUUCUGUAUCCUGCUGCCACAUAUCCUGGACCCUGUGGCCCUGCAUCCUGCAGCUGAGCAUCCCAGAUCCUGCGGCCAUGCAUCCCAGAUCCCUCAGAUCCUGUGGCCGUGUGUCCACAGCCCAGCAUCCUGUGACCACAAACCCUGGGUCCCAUGGAUGUGCGUCCCAGAUCCUGCAGCUGUGCAUCCUGCAGCUGAGGGUCCUUCAUCCCACAGUCCCACAUCCUGCAUCCAUUCAUCCCACCAUCACCAGCAGCAAGUGGGAGCCCCGUGACCUCCACAGCCCACCCCCACCCUGGAUGCAGGGUAAUGGGAAGGGGGAGUGGGGGACAGGGGGUGGUGGGUCCUGGUCAGAUAAUUUCACAUGAGGAUCCCUACGGGGUUCCCUCACAUUUUAAGUUAUUUUUUAUUUAUUGGGAGAGGGGAUGGGGGAAGAGGUGUUUGGGGGUAACCUUUGGGAUCCUGGCUCCCCCAUGACCCUCACAGCUAGGAGGAGGAGGCUCUGAGCAGUCAUGUCUCCACCCAAGUGCCUUCAUGAUGCCUGGGAUGGGAUGGGAUGGGAUGGGAUGGGAUGGGAUGGGAUGGGAUGGGAUGGGAUGGGAUGGGAUGGGAUGGGAUGGGAUGGCUCAGCCAGCCCCCAUAGACAACACUAGGCCCAGCUCAGGGUCCUUCUCCCCAACUCUUAAGGAUUCUGUCCACACCCUGAAGGUCCCAUCCCCACUGUGAGGGUUCCUGUCUCCACCCUGAAGGUCCCUGUCCCCAAGAUGGAUGUCCCACUCCCACCCUGGAAAAUCCCCAUCCCUGGGGGUCCCAUCCCUUUGCUGUAGGUCCCUGUCCCAGCUCCAGAGGAUCCUGUUCCCACCCUGGACCUCAUAUCUGCACACUUGGGGUUCUACCCCCACUUCGAUGAUUCCCAUCCCUGCUCUGGAUGUGCUGUCCCCACCCCUGGGGGUUCCUGUCCUCACCCCAUGGGUCCCUGUCCCCAUCUCCGGGGGUUCUAUCUCUACCCCAGGAGUCCCUGUCACCAUUCCUGGGGGUCCCAUCCCCAUUAUGGUGGUUCCUGUUCCCACCUUGGGGGUGCUGUCCCCAUUCCCAGGGGUCCCUCCCCCACCCUGAGGGUCCAUCCCACCCUGAGGGUCCAUUCCCAGGGGUCCUGUUGUUCCCGUGCUGGGGAUUCCGUCCCUACCCCCGGAGUCCUGUCCCCACCCCGGGGGUCCCAUUCCCACGUGGCAGGGCCCCCAUCCCCACUCUGGGAGUGCCUGUCCCCGUGCUGGGAGUCCCAUCCCCAGCCUGGGAAUCCUGUCACAGCAGAGCCAGCUCAGUGCCUUCCCCCAGAGCCCACCCCACACCACCAGUGCCUCCGGGGCAGCUCCCCCACUCCAGCCCGUUUGCCCGUUAGGGGCUCGCUGGGUCUGUCCCCCACGGGGGUUUGUGUGCCCCUGGGGACAGCGGGGCUGGCAGCAGGGUCUCCCUGUGGGUGCUCAGCCCCCAGCCUUGCCAAGUGUCCUUCCAGGAGGGUCCCCAGGCUGGGAGUCCCCAGGACAGGGGUCCUCCCACUGUGCUUUCCCCACUGGGAUGCUCCCUCCAGGCUCUCCCUGUCCUCGGGGGGGAUGGGGGUGAUGCUGCCCCCAGACCCCCAACCCCUCACUCCGGCUGAGAUGAAGGAAGGGCCAGGUGCCCCUGGCAUACCCCAGCAUCCCCCCUCUGUUACUGGGGUGUUUGGUGGGAACUCCCCCCCGCUGAACCCCCAGCUCCUGUGUUUGGUAAAUCUGGAGUGAUUUUUAUCAUGUUCAUGCAAUGGGUGUGGUGAAGCUCUCAGCAGGGCGAGGUGGGGAAGGGUCUGGGGAGGGGGGCAAGAUGGGGAACCCAGGGGGAAGAACUGGAUCCCAUCUGUGACCCCUCCAAGCUGUCUGUACUGGUCCCAGCAAGGUGGGGACCAGGUCCCUUGUCACCUUCCUGCCCAUCUUGAGUACCUCAGACCACUCCCCAAACAGCCUGGCAUGCUCCUUUCACCAUCCCAAUGCCCACAAGACCUUCUUCAUCAUCACCUCCCCCCAAAGGGCCCCUAGAGGCCAGGGGGGCUAUGUGGGGCACCCCUCUCCUCACCCCACUUGAGGGGGCUUCCCAGGGGUGCCCCUUCAGCUCCCUACAGCUGCUUGGGGUCUUCAAGUGGGGGGCACCCAAAAUACUCCCUGAGGUGCUGGGGGUCUGUGGCAUCACUUGGGGGGCUCUGGUGGGUUUCAGAGGGUCCAGGGGUGGGGACUGUGCAGUCCCCCCACCCCUGCAACCCCUGUUGAGGGUGGGGUGCAACAAGGGCUGAGGGCCAGCAGCAGUGUCAAUAAAUUAAGUUUAAUUUGGA